AUUCUACUAAACGCGUAUUCCCUUCUUACCCCAUUCAUGUGCUGUUUCUCUUUCUCCCUCCUUCCAAAAUGAAGUUCCAAGUCAUAGAGCUUCUGUUUGGCAAAAGCACCCCAAAACAAAUGAUCCCGAAAGUGACUUUACUCGCAGUGUUUGCCAUACUGCUAUUCACUGUCACCCCACUCUCCUACCCUUUGUUCAGACACUCUUCUUCAUCUGUGAAGAACAAGCAGUACUCCAAGCAACCAUCCUCAGCAUUUGAUGAUCUGAACGAGUCAGCAAGCCUGCCCUCAACUUCCAUCAAGAAGUGUGACAUUUUCACUGGGGAAUGGGUGCCAAACCCAAAGGCCCCAUAUUACACAAACAAAACAUGCUGGGCAAUCCAUGAGCAUCAGAACUGCAUGAAGUAUGGAAGACCAGACUCUGAGUACAUGAAGUGGAAGUGGAAGCCAAAUGGAUGUGAACUGCCUGUGUUCAAUCCCUUCCAGUUUCUCGAGAUUCUUAGGGGAAAAUCCUUGGCAUUUGUUGGAGACUCGGUUGGAAGAAAUCAGAUGCAGUCCAUGAUUUGCCUCCUUUCAAGGGUGGAAUGGCCCAUAGAUGUAUCAUAUAAACGAGAUGACUAUUUUAUGCGGUGGAGGUACCCAAGUUACAACUUUACCAUGGCUGCUUUUUGGACCACACAUUUAGUCAAAUCCGAAGAAGCAGAUUCAAAGGGUCCAGGCCCAACUGGCCUUUGCAACCUUUACCUUGAUGAGCCAGAUGAAAAGUGGAUAACCCAAAUUGAAGAUUUUGACUAUGUCAUUCUCAACGGGGGACAUUGGUUUACUCGGUCAAUGGUGUUCUAUGAGAAACAAAAAAUUGUUGGAUGCCACUACUGCCUCGUAGAAAAUGUCCCUGACUUAACCAUGUACUAUGGCUACAGAAAGGCUUUCAGGACAGCAUUUAGAGCCAUCAAUAGAUUAGAAAACUUUAAAGGGACAGUGUUUCUUAGGACAUUUGCCCCAUCUCAUUUUGAGAAUGGCUUGUGGAAUGAGGGUGGGAAUUGCAUUAGAACUAGGCCAUUCAAGAGCAAUGAGACACAAUUAGAGGGCCUUAGUUUGGAGUGCAAUGAGACACAAUUAGAGGGCCUUAGUUUGGAGUUUUAUAUGAUUCAAUUGGAGGAGUUCAAAAUUGCUGAGAAGGAAGCUAGAAAAAAGGGUUUGAAUUAUAGGUUGCUUGAUAUCACACAAGCAUCAUUGUUGAGACCAGAUGGUCACCCUAGUAGAUAUGGACAUUGGCCUAAUGAAAAUGUGACAUUGUACAAUGAUUGUGUGCAUUGGUGCUUGCCUGGUCCUAUAGAUACAUGGAGCGAUUUCUUACUUGGAAUGUUGAAGAUGGAGGGUGUGAGAGCAGCUGAAGAGAGGCUUCAUUUGCAUUCAAAUUGAUAAAUGGAAUUUAUUUCAUACAUUUAUUUUUCAAUUUUUAACGUAAUCUUGCUUGUGAUUCUAAACUUCCUUGCGCACGUGUAUUGUAAAUCUUUGUUAAUUAAAAUCAAAUUUCAAUCACCUUGUUUAUAUUA